CCGAAUAAGUCAAACUGCCAACCACUCCUUCGUUCACUUUGUCAAGAUCAACAGUGGCUAGUUGACUCUAGCCAGGCAUCGCUCACACAUUGAGUAGAACAGCCGUAUUGGAGUUGCAAAUGCUGGAAGAUUUCCACUCCAAAGCAAAAGGAUUCUUGGACAUCUUGAAGAAAGUGAAUUUCGCUAGACCAAGCCAUUAAAUAACGUCAAGGGUUUAGUUCGAGCAAUUAUCAUUAGCCAUCAAUAUCAUCAUAAUUACACAUAUACGCUCACAUAGUUUCUCAAUCCAGAGAUGUAAUAGUCAUUUUUGCAAGCCACCGUUUCACAUUUCUCGGCCAUCUUGACUUCAUUCGACCACUGACUUCGGCGUUCACGUGAUUAUUUCCACACCUUCUCUAACAACAAUUUGUCAUUUUCUUGUGCCUUGAACGUCCUUUGCCGUGCGUGGAUAAUCAUUGAUCAAAGUGCCUCGCUCGAGUCCUGGUUUAUCACUCUCAUCGCGAGUGGUGAUUGUGAUAGUUUUUCAACAUGGAUACCCUUGGUCCUCACUUCCAAUCCCUUUCUUGGAGUGUCUUGCUUCUUUGGCAAAUUGCUUCUGGGCUAUUGAGCAUCGCAGGAGCAAGUCUUUCACCGCUAAAUCUAUUUGCCCUCCCUCAAGAUGAAUGGAAUUACCAGUCGUGUGAAAGCCAAGGAUUGGCUGGAAUUUGCAUCUUUUCUAUGGCAUGUUCAUUCAGUGGAGGAGAACAUAUCGGAAUUUGUCAGGAUAGAUUCUACUUCGGAAGCUGUUGUAAAAUCGAUAAUUCAAGUAACGGCACAGCAACCUUGUCACCAUCAACAACAAAGCCAAUGCUUGUUUCUUCGACACCCUCGACAAUGUCAGAACAAGACAGUGUAGCUCAAACGACCCGCCCAAUCGUAGUACCAACCGCCACCACCAUCACAAACACCGCUGACAAGAAUAUCAACCACAACAACAACAAUACAUUUGGGCUAACAACAACCACAUUGCCAUCUUCUGGCAUUACAUGGGCUUCCUCCUUGGUUUGGUCAAGCACUGAAUCAUCUGUCCCAUCAAUAUGGCUUUCACCCAGCAAUUCCUCUUCAUCGACGACAACCGUUCCAGUGACCACCCUUCUGCCUGCGACCGAUUCUGUGGCCUCAACAACUCUUGGAACAAGUUCAAACAUCUUCCCUGAACACAAUAUCGAUAAUAACUUCACCCUUUCCAAUGAGAUCUUAAACACUCCUCAUCACCAUGACGAACAAGUGGACGUGAUUUGUGGCAUCCGUUCCCAGCUCACACCUCAAAAAAUGCGCAAAGGCGGGCAACGCAGGAGUCGAAUCGUGGGUGGGAAUCCGUCUUCGUUCGGGGCGUGGCCGUGGCAUGUUGCCUUGGAAAUCAAGUACCCCGGGGGUAGAACCAGACAUCGUUGUGGAGGAGUUCUUUUAAAUUCUCGCUGGGUGGCAACAGCAGCUCAUUGUGUGCAUGUAUACUCCGAAACGGACAUUUCUCUCCGGUUGGGUGAUUAUGACAAGACCAAUUCUUUAUUCGAACCUCUGCCCCACGUUGAACGAGAAGUUGAAACCAUCUACGAGCACGUUGACUUUGAUCCUCUGACCUAUGAGUUUGACAUUGCUUUACUAUUCAUGAAGCAGGCGGCUCCAUUUACAGAUCACAUCUCGCCAAUUUGCUUACCAGAUGGAAAUCUCAAAGAUAUAGAAGGAUCGAAUGCUUAUAUAGCCGGUUGGGGAACGCUUUUUGAAGGUGGGCCCAAGCCGGAUCAACUUCAAGAGGUCUCAGUGCCGGUAAUUGGCCAUGAAAAAUGUAUGGAUAUCUUUAAAUUGGCUGGAUUAGACGAGAAACUUACAGACGUUUUUAUUUGCGCUGGAUUCCGAGAGGGGGGCAAAGAUGCCUGUGAGGGUGACAGUGGAGGGCCCCUAAUGAUUCAAGAAGAAAACACAAAUAGAUGGACCUUGGCUGGUCUAAUCAGCUGGGGAAAUGGAUGUGGAGAGAAAUAUCAGCCGGGUGUUUACACCAACGUCUUCAAAUUUUUGAACUGGAUUCACAAGACAAUGAGAAAAGAAACUCGCCUUGAUACCAGGGCAAGGCGCAAGCAUAUUUAAUGCAUCUAAAAUACAAAUUGUGAUACAUACAUAUCAUUUUAUACUUUUAA